AUGUGGGGAACAACAUUAUUGACUGGUGGAACGUCAGUAUCCAUAUGGGGCUAUUUAGUAGUAGCUGUCUUGACGCUAACGAUCGGAUCCAGCUUGGCAGAAAUCUGUAGCGCAUUUCCAACAACAGGCGGUUUGUAUUAUUGGACAGCACGGUUAUCGGAUUCUGAAUGGGUUCCGUUCAUGUGCUGGAUAGUUGUGGCUGUUUGUUCGGGUGAUCUUGGUAUGGCAGGCUUCCUAACAUCAGCUAUCUCUGUUGCCCAUCCUGAGUUUCAGACAACACGCACCAUUGAUUAUGGUGUGUUUAUUGCGAUAUUAUUUCUACACGGUUGCAUCAACACGUUACACGUCAAAUACACAGGCAUCAUCAACAAUCUUUCUGUAUGGUGGCAUAUGAUGGGCAUUAUGUUCAUCGUGGUGGUAGGCCUCGCAUUGACACCGAAUAAACCAUCGGCUUCUUUUGCUUUGGGCCAAACAUACAAUGCUUCCGGAUUCAAAAGCGACGGUUAUGCUUGGUUGAUUGGUUUGCUGCAAGCUCAGUUUACAUUGAACGGGUACGAUUCAGCGGCUCACGUAAGUGAGGAGACACGGUCAGCCCAAAAGAGCUCCCCAAACGGAAUUGUCAUGGCAAUCGCUGUGUCGGCCGUGGCAGGCACCAUCCUGAUGAUCGCUUGCGCCUUUAUGAUUCAAGAUUUUGAAACGCAAAUAGUGCAUUCGAAGUUCAGUAUGCCUAUUACUCAGGUCUUUCUCGAUGGAACAGGAAUGGCAUGGACCAUGUGGUUUCUUGUCAUUAUUCUCGUGGCUAUGUUCUUUGCAGGCACAGCUGUGGUCGUUGGUUCUUCCCGCCAAACCUAUGCUUUUGCUCGUGAUGGUGCUAUGCCCUUUUCGAAAUGGUUGGCAAAACUAACGGAUGACAAGGUUCCUGCCAAUGCUGUCUGGUUCAACAUUAUAUUUUCUGCUAUCCUCGGUAUUCCCUAUAUGUUUAGUGAGGUUGCUUUUGAGACAAUUGUUUCCAUCAACACUAUUGCGGCGAGCAUUUCUUACUUUAUACCGAUCUACUUGCGUAUUACAAUGGCGAGGGGACGAUUUGAAAAAGGUCCUUACGAUAUGGGUAGAUUCUCAAUUCCUUGUGGUCUUAUUGCAUGCGCUUGGAUUGUAUUCACAUCCGUUCUAUUCGUCCUUCCAACACAUUGGCCAGUAACACCGACCAAUAUGAACUUUGCUAUCAUUCCUGUCGUCUUCAUCAUCGGUCUUGCUACGAUUGUUUACUGUGUAUCAGGUCGAAAAUGGUUCACAGGACCUAUUCGCGACAUUGAUAGCGAGACGUUGCGCGAAGAGAAUGGCGUGACCAUUAGCGAGCCUGGAAGAAUCACUGUUCUCAUGAAUGAACAUGGCGAAGAGGAAACCCUCCAUAUCACCACAGGCAAAGUUACAGGUGGCAGGGCAGAAAUAAGCGUGGAUUAG